GCUUCUCUCCUUUACUGGCCGCUGGGUGGGCGCCGGGCAGAUCGCCGCGGCUCGGGGAGGGCGCUGGCCAGGCUCCGGGAAGGCUCGGAAGGCGCAGACCAGCCGUGGCCGCUCAGAACUGAGACCACCAGGUUCUUCUGCAGGUGAAGACAGAGUUUGUGUUGGAUGAAGGCUUGCAACACGAGGAAAGAACACUCACCUGCAAAUCCCAGUACAGAAGAGUUGCCUGGGUCCCGGGGAGGCGAGAGAUGGGCCCUAGGGGCAGGCAGAGCCUGUCAUCCCCGCUGGCCGCCUCUCAGGGGUCUUGCUUCUUCAUCCUCUUCUGCUUACGAUUAGGUGCCUCCUGCCCACAGGCCUGCCAGUGCCCUGACCAUGCCGGGGCUGUGGCUGUCCAUUGCAGCUCAAGAGGCCUGCAGGAGAUCCCCAGGGACAUCCCGGCCGACACGGUGCUUCUGAAGCUGGACGCCAACAGGAUCUCCCGAAUCCCCAAUGGAGCCUUCCAGCACCUGCCCCAGCUGAGGGAGCUGGACCUGUCCCAUAAUGCCAUUGAGGCCAUCGGGCCUGCAGCCUUUUCAGGUCUGGCCGGGGCCCUGAGGCUUCUGGACUUAUCCCACAACCGCAUCCGAAGAAUUCCAAAGGAUGCGCUGGGCAAGCUGAGCGCCAAGAUCCGCCUGUCCCACAAUCCACUGCACUGUGAGUGUGCCCUGCAGGAGGCCCUGUGGGAGCUGAAGCUGGACCCUGACUCUGUGGAUGAAAUCGCUUGCCACACCUCGGCGCAGGAGCAGUUCGUGGGCAAGCCGCUGAUCCAGGUCUUGGACUCGGGUGCCAGCUUCUGCAGUACCCACCGGAAGACCACCGACGUGGCCAUGCUGGUCACCAUGUUCGGCUGGUUCACCAUGGUGAUUGCCUACGUCGUCUACUAUGUUCGCCACAACCAGGAGGAUGCCAGGCGACACCUGGAGUACCUGAAGUCCCUGCCUAGUGCUCCGGCCUCCAAGGAGCCUCUCAGCCCUGUGCCCUAGCGUCUGCCUCUGGUGGGCCACUGAGCCUGGCUGCCCUGGCUUCUGCAGCAGGUGGAGGCGAUGGUGCUCUUGUGCCCCCAGGAAGGUGCAUGGCAGGUGCCUCUGCACAGCCCAGGAAGCACGUUCGUAGUUGGCAUUUGGUCCCCGCAGCCACUGCCUACCCCAGUGGGGGGGUUGCCCAUCUUGAUGGGAAGGUAAACUGAGGUUUAGAGAAACGGAAUACCUUGCCGGGGCUGGAUUCAGCUGGCAAUUAAACCCAGGCUGCUUGCGGUAUAGUUCUGCCAUUUCCGUGAUCUGCCAACCUUCCCCACACGGUUGCUUUGGGAAGUGGAUAUAUGUGCACGCAAGGACGGGGCCCUGGAGGAUGGCUCCAGCAGCUUUGCCACCGGGGGAUGGCCUUUUCUGUUGACCCUUGCCCUCCUGGCACAUCUGAACACAGAGAUGCUGCCCUUUCCCAAAGCAAAGCGCUGGCGAUCUAGGCCUUUCUAGAGAGGUCAGUGCAAAGUACGGCCUGCACUGGCCCAUGCUGACCUUUGCUCUGGGAGUGCUUGAGUUGCCCUUGUGCCAAACUUUCAGUCCACCGGAGAGAGAGAAAAUGGGGAAACACACACACAAAAAAAGGUCCCUCUCAGGCUUACCGUGGCAAUGCCAGACAACUGUGGCUCUCCCCUGCUUCUGCCCCUCCCAUCUGUGCCUGGCCAGUGGAAGCCUGUCGGUCACAACGGCUCCUGUGCCUUGCUUUUCUACUGCCAAUAUCUGAAGCAGCCUUUUCAAAGGAGGGACUGGACUGGUGUUGAAGGUUUCCAUGCCAAUCAACAGGAUGCUGCUUUUCUCUAGCAAUGAGAACUUUCUCUUUUCACCUCGCUGAAAUCCCAGAGUUUGUUGAUCAAUUUUCUUACCUAUAUGACUUCAUGUUCAGGGGUAGACUUUAUAGCCACCUACUUGACUAACUUCCAGUUUUAUUAUUUACUGUCCUUUUUGAAUAAGUGUUUCUCUCCUAAGCUACAUCCAGUAUUUGGGAGAAGCAAAUAAGGGUGGAUUGUGGGGGAUGCUGAGUGUCCUGUCUACAUGCCUCUCCAAGCAGGAACUGACUAUGGCUUCUGUUUCUGUUGGAAAGUCUCUUGUGAUCUUCAGGGGCAAAGUGAGACUGUGUCAGGGGCCCGGCCUGGCCUGGUCUUAGAAUCCCCACAGUGGCCUCAGGCCACAUGACUGUCAGCUGCAGAUGUACGUGAAAAAGAAAGACACUCAUGAAUUCUAGACCUUCCCCGCUGCUGAGUGGCCACACCUCCAUGGUGGCCAUGGGGCCAGCAUGCCCCUCAGGUGUAAUGUGAUUGGAGUAUCAAUACGGAGCCUGGAUGAGCUCAGACCCUGCUCUCUAGUCCCCACUGCACUGUGCCAAGCUUCACUGUCUGCAGGGCUGUAAGGGUCAGGCCCUGGCAGAGCUAGUAGCACCAUCCCCAUUCCCACAAGGGUUGGCACCUCGGGGAAGCCUCCCUAGGGACACCAGGCACAGCUGUGACUGCUGCCUGGCCCACGUGGCACAGACAUGGUCAACACAUGUCCAGUUAGGUGUUCAGAGGAGGCAGGUGCUGAGGGCAAGGUGGUCUGGACCUGGGCGGUUCUAUGCCAAGGAGAAGAGGCUACAAGGCCAGAGAUGAGGGCUUGGAGGUGCCAUCCAAGCUGUGUGGUGCUGAAGUAGCUGUGUCUGCCCCGUGUUCAGGGACACCUCUAGCCCAGCACCUGCUCUGAGAGGUGCUAGUGGGGAGGGUAUGGCUUGCAUUCCUCUUAUUGCGUGGUGCAGGGAGGAUAGCUGCUUCCAGGCUUGGGGUACAGACUGGUAGCGGGGCCCCUGGAGCCCUUCCACUAUCCUACGUAGUAAGGAGGCCCUGUGUGAGGAGUUUGUCACUAUCCAGCACGCCUGCCCCAGUGACGUGACCAGGUCAGGAAAGAGCAUGCAUGGAGGCUGGGUGGUGAGGUCAGCGCCCCUGGGCUCUUCUUUCUCUCUUGUCCCAGAAUCACCCCAGUGGGCACUUUAGACACACAGGGGUAGGGCUUCUUCCUAGGCCGCUCAACUCACUGCCAGGCUUGCUGCCCUUAGCUAGGGCUUGCCCCUACCUGAUUGUGCAUCUGUAGGGCUCCUUCACAGCCCCUGCUUGGGAAGAGGAGGCUGGGGAAGGUCUACUUGUGUGGACUCUGGAGAGAGCACGCCCCCUCCUCCUGUAAGGAGGACUCCAGAGACCUCAGCACUCUCCUGCUCAUCCAAGCUUCCAGCCUUGCUGCUCUGGACUCUUAUCUCUCUGCCAACCCAUUCCCUGUCCUCUUUUCUUAUGCCUUUCCCUUCCUUCCCAUGACCAGCUCACAGACAGGAUAAGUGUAUGAGGCUGGAGUCCCUGACAGAGACUGGGUGUGUGUGUGUGUGUGUGUGUGUGUGUGUGUGUGUGUGUGUGUGUGUGCGCAGAACUGCCCUGAGAUGAUCUUCCUCCCUGGAUCCCACUUGUUUCCACCAGCUUCACCGUCCCUCUCUCCUUCAAUGAGAUGUUUUCUCUCCCCAACCCUGCACAGACCCUCUAGAUCUUGGAGACUCUGGGCCAUACCCCACCCCCAACCCUAGAAGGCGGGCGGGACCUUGCCACACAUAACAGAGGUGCCAAAAUGUUCUCAGGCACAGUGGGUGGUUUGUGGCUCAGUGUCCUGCCCUGUCACCACCACACACCCGUCAGUAUAAACCUAUCAUCCAGAUCCCAGCCAACUGGCCCCAUUGGGCCCUUUCCCUCCUACUAGUUACAUGCGUUUGCUUACGACAUGGUUCUAAACUGAGUUCCUUGGGUCUGGUCAGAGGUGGGGUGGUAAGUCAUAGAUUGAGAGGGAGUGCUCUGGGACCAUGGCAGCUCUGAGCCACGCAGAAAGCUAGGAUAGCUUCUGAGUUGCCUUCCCUGGAAGCUCAGGCCUGACCCCGAUCCCGUCCCCUCUCAGCCUUUCUGUGAACCCCCAAUAAAGAUCUUUGUGUUGAA